AUGAAGUUCUCCCACAGUAUCCAGUUCAAUGCAGUUCCAGACUGGAGCUCUCAUUACAUCGCGUAUUCGAAUUUGAAAAAACUCAUCUAUACCCUCGAGAAGAGUGUUGUCCAGUCACAAGCUCAUCCCGAAGAAAACGAAGAAUCGGCGCUCAUUCCACGAGGAAGAGAUGCCGAGCCAGAUGUGAUUUUCCGGAGGGCACUCGACCAUGAGCUCGAAAAGGUCCUUUCAUUCUAUAAGUCGAAAGAGAGUGAGCUCCUGAAGGAAGUUUUUGAGCUUUCUCUCGAAGCCAAAUCGUUUGAGGACGGUAACGAUGGUGACGGAGGAUCCUCGAUAUAUGGCGGGAGCAAUAGCGGGAGAAGACGCAGUGUAGGGCCUUCGGGGAUGACACGAACGAGAAGUAACGACUUCCAAAGUGAUAGAGACGAGGAGUCAGAUGCUUCUGACGAGGAUGGCGAGGAUGCACAAGCAUCAGGCCUACUUCCGAAGAUAAAAAGAGGAAGAACGUGGAAUAAGGAUAGCUCACACAGCCAUCAGAGCCAUCAGAGCCAUGGACCUUCGGACUCCCGGAGACGUGAUUCUCAAAUCUAUGAUGACUUUCAUGAGCAGUCGAUCGGUGCAUUAUAUGAUAAGAAGAUUAUGUUAAAGAAGCGGAGUAUUUCGUUAUUUGUUGCCUUGAGGGAACUGAAAAGCUUUAUUCAGCUGAACAGGACGGGUUUUACGAAAGCGUUAAAGAAAUACGACAAGAUCAUGAACAGCCACCUGAAGGAGGAAUAUAUAUCGUCUGUGAUUGAGCAAUGUUACUGCUUCCGGAGGGCCACAACAAUUGAGUUGGAUAAUGCUAUCGCCAAGAUUGAAGAAAUAUACGCAAAUUUGAUCACUAAGGGAGAUGUGGAGGCCGCUAAAAAAGAGCUUCGUCUUCACCUCAGGGAGCACGUUGUAUGGGAGCGCAAUACGGUUUGGAGAGAGAUGAUUGGUAUUGAGCGAAAAGCUCAGGCGGCGAACAUGGGACUGAGAAGGACUUUGCUAGGGGACAACACGGACCCCACAAACGCUAGGUUAACAGGAGACGAACCGGAGGUUUCUGCAACGAAGGAGCUUGCCACACCUGUUGGCAGGAUUAGAUAUCCAACUUGGCUAUUUACCCCUGGGUUCUUUACGCUAUUUGGUAUCAUUAGUAUAUUUGUGAUACUAUUGAUCGUCCCAAUCUCCGAGAGCCCAGAGCAGCAUAACUGCUUUGCUAUGCUGGUAUUUGUGUCUCUUUUAUGGGCAACAGAAGUUAUCCCUCUCUUCGUAACCUCUCUCCUUGUCCCAUUUUUAGUAGUCAUGUUACGGGUUGUAAGAGAAGACGCCAAGGGUCAUCGUCGUCUUGAAUGCAAUGAAGCUACAAAAUACAUCUUUUCGGCAAUGUGGACUCCUGUGAUCAUGUUGCUUCUAGGAGGAUUUGCGAUUGCUGCAGCACUAAGUAAAUAUGGCAUCGCUAAGAUGCUUGCAACAUUUGUUCUUAGCAAGGCAGGAACAAGACCCAGGACUGUACUGGUGACCAACAUGUUCGUAGCUAUGUUUGCGAGUAUGUGGAUCAGUAACGUCGCUGCGCCGGUUCUGUGCUUUUCUAUUAUUCAGCCAAUGUUGAGGAACUUGCCUUCAGAAUCGAGGUUCUCAAAGGCAUUGAUUCUGGGAAUUGCCCUGGCCUCCAAUAUCGGAGGCAUGGCAUCUCCUAUCGCCAGUCCCCAGAACAUCAUUGCGCUUCAAAAUAUGACCAAUCCUCCUAGCUGGGGUAGUUGGUUCUUUGUUGCCCUUCCUGUUUGCAUUCUCUCCAUUCUUGCGAUAUGGGUACUUCUCUUGGUUUCAUUCAACCCUGGGAAAGGCACAGUUAUUAUGCCAAUUCGUCCGGUUAAAGACAAGUUUACUGGUGUCCAAUACUUUAUCACACUCACCACACUUGUAACGAUCGUUCUCUGGUGUUUUUCCCAUCAAUUGGAGCAUGUUUUUGGUGAUAUGGGAGUUAUUGCGAUUAUUCCCCUGGUUUUGUUCUUUGGAACUGGUGUUCUGACAAAGGAGGAUUUCAACAAUUUCCUGUGGACGAUCAUUAUCCUCGCAGCUGGAGGCCUCUCCCUUGGCAAGGCAGUCAAUAGCUCUGGACUCUUGCACACGAUUGCUCUCGCCAUCAGGCAAGAAGUAGAAGGGAUGAGCUUGUAUGGUGUACUGGUGGUGUUUUGCGGAUUGAUACUCGUAAUCGCGACAUUUAUCAGCCACACUGUUGCUGCUUUGAUAAUUUUACCUAUAGUAGCACAGGUUGGUGCGGGGAUGGAUGAGCCACAUCCAAAUCUAUUGGUUAUGGGCGCAGCAUUGAUGUGCAGUGCCGCGAUGGGACUACCGACGUCAGGCUUCCCUAACAUGACGGCGAUCAUGAUGGAAGACUCACAGACUGGGCAAAGAUAUUUACGUGUUCAACAUUUCAUUAGUAGAGGUAUUCCAAGCAGUGUGAUCACUUUCGGAAUCGUCAUCACAGUUGGGUACGGGUUGAUGCGGAUUGGUGGUUUCUAA